UUUUAUGUAAUUUCGCAGCAUAAAUGGCUCUCACGAAGGUCUACGAUGCUGCCACCGUUUUUAAGCACCUGGGUGGCGUUCUCAAUGUUUACAAGCCGGCAGGCAUGAAGGUGAAGCACGUGCGGAAUGCCAUACUCACCAACAUUUGCAAGGGACUCAACGAAAUGGAGCAGCGGGAGCCCCGUAAAUUGCCAGAGGACAGACCCCUGCUGGGCACAGGAACCGCCGCGGAUCCUGUGCUGCAGAAUAUAGCUGCCCAGACGGAUAUGUCGGACCACGUUCUGUCCGCCGGACCGCGAUACCUUCCGCGGGACAUCAGCUGCACCACAGUUUCCAGCCUGGGGGAUCACACCAGCGGAGUGCUUCUCUUAGGGAUCAACAGGGGAUCGGGUCAGGCGACCAGCAUUCGGAGGAACCGCCCUGUACGGGUUUACCACAUAACCGGACGACUGGGCAGUGCCACAGAGAACCACCUGCCGGACUCACGGGUCACGAUGCGCUCCAACCACCGACACGUCUCUGCGGACAGGAUCAGCGGCCUGGCCGCCUCCAUGCAGGCCUCUCAUCAGCGCAAAAUGUUCGAGCUCUGCGGCGUCGAUUUGCAGACCCAAGAGGCCUACGAACUGGCCUGUCGGGGGCUCCUCCGUCCGGCGGACGACAGUCAACCCGUUGUCUACGGCAUCAAGCUGAUCCACUUCGAAAGGCCGCACUUUACGCUGGAACUGCACUCGAUUAAUGAGACGCAGGAAUAUUUAGCCGCCCUAAUACACGACAUGGCCUUGGAACUCCGCACCACAGCGCAUUGCUCCCAGCUGCGUUGUGUACGACAUGCCCACUUUGAUGUGAGGGAUAGUCUGCUUAGACACUCCUGGCACUUGCCAGGCAUCGUUAAGAACCUGCGCCAACAACGAGACAUUCUACGAGCGCAUCCUCAACUCCUGAGACAGCCCCGAGUCGAGCUACAAGCUGUACAAUAA